GAAAACUUUAUGGGUAGGAAUUUCUAUUAUCUUUUGUGUAUAGGCUUUCUAAAUCUAAAGAAAAAAAAAAAAAAAACCCUAAAUCAAUGUAGUAAUACGUGGUCGUAUAAGAGCAUACACCUUUUUGUUGACGAAAGCAGGCACUAUAAUCACACAUGUGAUUCCUGCUUUAGUCUUUCCCCCAUCGUCACACUCGAUUUUUACCCUCCAAAUCUCUCUCUCUCUCUCUCAGUCCGUCCCCAUCCUUCUCCCUCCAUUUUCACACCUUCUCUCUUCUGACCGUUUAUUUUCCCCUCUUCUGCCCCAGACUGACUCUUGACUUCCUCUUCUUCUUCUUCACUAUUCCUUAUCAGUCCAGUUCCAAUGCCAUCCUUCUUCCCCUUACCCAUUCUCAAUCUCCCUCCUUCUCCAUGGAUUCUCAGUCCAUCUGAAAUUCCCCCUUAUUCCGCCCCUUUCCCUCCACUCCCGCUGCUUCUCCCUAUUAUAAUCCCCUUCUCCAUUACUUGUUUCUUAUAAUAUAUAUAAUAAUAAUAUAAUUAUUGUAAUAAGAUCUUUGAUUUGAAGUUCAAUUUUGUUCUCUGUAUGAUGGUAGCUCAAACUGCUUUCUCCGAUUCCAACGAUGUUGACAUCAGCGGCGUGAGCAGUAGCAUAUGCUGUGCCGGCGGCAACAACCAUACCACCGCCACCGACUCAUCGCUUUCCCCUGAAUCUCUCCUCCAUAAUCCCCCGCCCGACGUCGUUGCGCUUAGGCGGCUCUCCGAGACCUUGGAAUCGAUCUUCCUCUGUGAUGCCCCUGCCGCGUCUUCGACGGAGUUUGACUUCUAUGCUGACGCCAGGAUCGUUGCCGCCGGAGGCAGGGAAAUCCCCGUCCACCGUUGCAUCUUGUCUGCUCGGAGCCCGUUUUUCAAGGGCGUUUUCUCCGGUUCUGCUUCCAAGGACAAGGUUCCGGUGAAGAUUGAGCUCAAGGAGUUGCUCAAGGACUAUGAAGUGAGUCCCGACGCGCUUGUGACGGUGAUGGCGUACUUGUAUAGCGGCAGAGUUAGGGCGGCGCCCAAGGAUGUGUGUGUAUGUGUGGACGAUGAUUGCCCCCACGUGGCUUGCAGACCUGUUCUGCAGUUCAUGGUUGAGGUUUUGUAUGCGUCUUUUACCUUUCAAGUUGCCGAGUUAAUCGCCAAGUUUCAGAGGCACCUACUGGAGAUUAUUGACAAGGCUGCAGCAGAUGAUGUAUUGUUAGUUCUGUUAGUUGCAAACAUUUGCCGCAGUGCUUGUGAGAGAUUGCUCAGUACAUGUAUUGAAAUUAUAGUUAAAUCAGAUGUUGAUAUUAUCACUCUAGAUAAAGCAUUGCCGCAUGAUAUUGUUGAGCAAAUCAUGAAUAGCCGUAAGGAGCUAGGUUUGGUAGGAGCUGAUGUUAUGAAUAGUUUUCCGGAUAAGCAUGUAAAAAGAAUUCACAGGGCUUUGGAUUCUGAUGAUGUGGAAUUAGUCAGAAUGCUGCUUAAAGAGGGGCAUACCACGCUAGAUGAUGCGUGUGCGUUGCAUUAUGCAGUGGCCUACUGCGAUGCAAAGACGACAACUGAGCUUCUUGAUCUAGCCAUUGCUGAUGUCAACCAUAGAAACCUUAGGGGAUACACGGUGCUUCAUGUUGCUGCAUCGAGGAAGGAACCUAAAAUCAUAGUUUCCCUUUUAACAAAGGGUGCCAGACCAUCUGAUCUCACGGCGGAUGGAAGGAAAGCCCUUCAGAUCUCUAAAAGGUUGACCAGAGCUGCUGAUUAUAAGAAGCCCACUGAGGAAGGAAAAGCUUCUCCAAAGGAUCGCUUAUGCAUAGAAAUUUUGGAGCAGGCUGAAAGAAGAGAUCCAUUGCUCGGCGAAGCUUCAGUUUCUCUAGCUAUGGCUGGCGAUGAUUUGCGGAUGAAAUUAUUAUAUCUCGAGAAUAGAGUAGGACUGGCUAAACUUCUAUUCCCCAUGGAGGCCAAAGUUGCCAUGGACAUUGCACAGGUUGAAGGCACUACUGAAUUCCCAUUGGCUGCCAUUAAUCGGAAGGCAGCUCUUGCUCAAAGAACAGCUGUUGACCUAAAUGAGGCCCCUUUCAAGAUCCAGGAAGAACAUCUGAACAGAAUGAGAGCUCUCUCCAAAACUGGUAAGCAUAAGAAUUCAGAUCCUUUGCUGUCUGUUUGUUUCUUGCUUGGUAUAAUAUGGUUUGUCACAUUUUCUUCUUUAAAAAUGUACCGAGAUCCAAGAAUUUUGGAAAUUUUUUAUAUGAAAGAUCAAAAUGAGCUAGAAGUAAGACAUAGUUUUAUUAUGUUGAUAUUUUAUUAACUUCCUUUACGAACAAGAUUGGGGAAACUAAACUACAUAUAUUGGACAGUCAAUUUGGUUUCAUGCUAGGGUCCAAUCCAAGAACAUAAGAUGUACAUAUGGUUUGUUGUUUCUGAAAGCAUCAGCAUAUAUGUGGUAGUUAUCCGAAACACACUGGAAAUGUUGGCAAGUCAAAGCCCGAUGUUUGUGCUAGGUAAAACCCUGCGGAAGGCGUGGUAAAUUGAAAACCAUUACAUAAACGAUUUAGAGUAAUACAUGAACAGGGAGGCUGUGUACGAUGUUGUUCCUACAUUUUCUCUACAUAAAUCCUUUUCGACACACAGUACAGUACGUUAAACAAGUAAUAAUAAUAAGAGAAGAAAAAGAUGAAGCGAACUCGAAUGAAUCAAUAUAAUAUAAAAUUACUAGAUUGCCAUUUUACUAUCUGAAAAAUGAAACAGGAAGUACAGUAUGUAUGCAUUUUAGCACAUUAUAUCCUGUGUUGAUUUCUUCACUACUUUGUAGCCAACCUUACAUUUUAGAAUAAUAAAGCUUGAUGGUUAUUUUCUUUCCCAUAACUCGGGUAGUAUCUGAGAGCAAGCAUAUUCUUUGAAUUUUGAACAGUUGAACUAGGAAAGCGCUUCUUUCCUCGUUGUUCUGAAGUACUCAACAAGAUUAUGGAUGCUGAUGACCUCUCUGAGAUAGCUUACAUGGGGAAUGAUACCCCAGAGGAGCGUCAAUUGAAGAAGCAAAGGUACAUGGAACUCCAGGAUGUCUUAACUAAAGCUUUUAGUGAGGAUAAGCAAGAGUUUGAUAAGAACCACCAUUUAUCAUCAUCUUCUUCGUCGACAUCCUUGAGCAUGAUGAAGUCCCGUAUUAGCAAGCUCAAUUUGAAAAAAUAGGGUAUUGCGGAACUGUAGAUAGGAAACAUAGGUUUUCUUGUAUUAUAUGUUUUUAUUAUUUUAGAUCUCAUGAGCAUUAGUUGUUUCACAGUGCCCUAGUUUUGUAUGCUCUCCUUGUUAAGAUCAUAGGAGAUAUUUGAGUGGAUAGGUCUCUGUUGUUGUAAUCUUAAUGUACAAUUUGUGCAUCCGAAAAAAAAAGGAAAAUACUGUAUCAAGUGCGGCUCUCUCUGUAAUCAUCGUCCCUUUCUUUUCAUCUAGGGUCGUAGAUUGAAAAUCCUUGCGCCAACUAGUAAGAGCUGUACUCGUUGCAUUGUUUCGGAACAAUAAACAAGACUUUUCCUUCGGGAGUUUGAAAUUCUACAGUGAUGCAAGAUUGGGGCCUGUUUGAUGUGGCACUUUUGGGAUCUUUUCAGGUAAACCAUUGCCAAACGUUUGUAGAGCGUUCCAUCGGACAAGACCCAACUAGCUAGCUCCAGAUUGAAGAUGUGUAGUUUUCAGACUAGCUACAUAGGGGGACUGAAAUAGGUAAGACGCAGUUAAUGAAGAUGUGGUCGAGAUUUGGCCUAACCUUACUACACGUGGAUGUUCCUCGGCGGGUUGAGUGAUUUGUUUCUCCGAAUUAGAAGAUUUGGAAUGAACAGUAGAUUUUGAUUGGAGGUGUUGGUCAUAAUCACCGAGUUUAUAGAUUUCUUUGAAGUUUCUAGUGUUCACCUCUACUUUGGCAAUUUGUCACUUUAUACUGUUUUCAUGGGGCCGUUCUCUUUACAAUUGAAAGGAACAGAUUUUGGUGAUCUACAAUGUCCAAAUUUGGGGAACAGACACCAGCUUGGCUUUAUGAUUGCGAGAAAUAAUGUGAGGUCUAAGAUGCUUUUAAAUUUGUUAAAUACGAAAAUGGAUUGCGUGAAACCAAUGGAGAAGAGGA